AUGGCAGUUGGCAAGGACAGAUGCCUUACAAAAGGUGGCAAAAAGGGUACCAAGAAAAAAAUGGUUGAUCCAUUUUCUAGGAAAUAUUUGCAUGAUGUGAAAGCACCUGCUAUGUUCAAUAUAAGCAAUAUUGGAAAAACACCAGUCACAAGGAUUCAAGGACCCAAAAUUACAUCUGCUGGUCUCAAGGGUCGCAUUCUCAAAGGUGGUAUUUUCAAAGUGAGUCUUGCUGACCUGCAGAGCGACGAAGUUGCAGUUAGAAAAUGCAAGCUGAUGGAGGUACAAAAAAAAAAAGGCUUAAAAGGAGUGGUCAAUAAAUUGAUUCCAGACAGCACUGGGAAAGAUAUAGACCAGGCUUGCCCAUCUGUUUAUCUUCUCCAUGAUGUCUUUGUUAGAAAAGUAAAAAUGCUGAAGAAGCCCGAGUUUGAAUGGGGAAAACUCACGGGACUUCCUGGUAAUGGUGUAGUCCUGGAAAAGCCACUGGGGCUGAGCAGGAGCUAA